UAAAAUUAGUGACAACUCUGAUGAAUUCUUUCAUAAACGACUGUGGGACGAAGAAACUCUGAAGCAAAACCGAGGUUCCGGCGAUUCUGACACUGAUAUUAGCUGCCGGGAAAAAAAUGGACGUCAUUGAAUCCCCUCUAUCCACCUCUCCUUCGCCUUCCAAUUCUUUCAGCCCGCAGCGCCACUUCUACCUCGCCGUUGACAGACUCCAGUUCAAGAUGGAAACCCUAGUGGAUCUUUUGGGCAUGGCGGGCCGCCGCCCGUGCCUCCCGAUGGUGGUGUGCUGCAGCACGCGCGAUGAGCUUGACGCUGUCUGCUCCGCCGUGUCUAAUCUUUCGUCCAGCAUUUAUGUUUCCUCCUUGUACAGUGACCUAUCGGAAGCAGAACGAGUGCGGAUUUUGGAUAAUUUUCGGCAGGCAACUGGGAGGUGGAAUCGAAUGGGAAGAGAUGAGGUUAAUGGGGAAACAGAAAAGGAAGAAGAGCAGAAAUCACAUUUGGUUGUUGUCACAGAUGCGUGCCUUCCCCUUGUUGGCUCAGGGGAGUCGCCCAUUAGUGCACGUGUUUUGGUCAACUAUGAACUGCCCACAAAGAAGGGAUCCCAAACACAAGGAAUAGCCUUAAGAGAAUCUAACUAUUGUUUUCCUCUAGCAAAAUGAUUGCAUUUGCUCGAGCAUGGUGAAUUUCGUGAGCAUACCAUUUGACUUUGAGUCUCAAGACCUACAUUGCGUAGAAGUGGGUUCAUAAUAGUAUCUUGGUUGAAGGUGAAAAAAGAGAGUACAUUGUUAGUUUUCGCAUCAAAAGCUCAUAUUAUAGUUCAUUUUCUAUCAACAUUUGAUAAUUGAUAUCGACAAGGAUAAUGUCUGGAAACUGCUUAAGAUAUUUUGUUUGGACUAUAAUUUAUCAAUAAUGUUCACAUUCAUGUGAAUUUCUUCAAAGAUUGUAUUCAUUUUCUUGCAGUUCCAAUUUGAAAAUGUAGUUGCAUGAUUAGUUAUAAGUAUUCUUUGACUCCAUUGGUGUGUAAUACCACAAAAUAACUUGUUUC